CCUUUUCCAGCUUGUACACUGAAACCCAUCGUCCUUAUCCACCUCUUUCUCUCUCUCUCUGAGCACCCAAUUUAUAUACACAGAUUCCUUCUCAAUUCCCUAACUCAUCUCUUCUUUUCUCUUAAUUUCCAAAUCCAGAAAACCAGAAAUUAGCAAUGGCGAUGGCUAUGUCUAUGGUUGACGAAUGCCACUCUCCCUCCCUCAAGGACAGGCUCAAGUCCUCCAUUUGUUGCUUCGCUGCUCCUGAUGACCUCCAUGAGAGCCUUGAUUCCGUCGACGACGGCAACAGGAGGCCACAGAUGCCGAGAUCUUCAUAUGCUUGGUUGAAAUCCAGGAAUCAGGAUCUUGAGAUCAGAGACAAAUGUUGGCGUUUGAUUGGAAGAAGAGGUAAGAAUCGGAGACGUUAUCAUUCUGCCGACUUUAAGUACGAUUCUACGAGUUAUUCUCUCAAUUUCGAUGAUGAUAAUAAACGCAAAGUUGAAUUGCCGCUCAAUAAUUUUAUGGCGAGGCUUCCGGUCACUCCAGAUAGGUUGCCGGCGGUAUCAACGACUAGGUGUGAGCUCGUUGCAUGGACAUGAUCGAGAACGAUAUCUAAUAUAUAUAAAUAUAUAUAUAUAUAUAAUUUCUCAAUCUUGACGUCUUAUGUGUUCCUUUGUACAGAUUUUAAUCAAUGAAUUGAGA